GCAUCGCAUCCCCUCCCUCCAGUCUCCUCCGGGUCGGCCGGCUUCUGCUCCUCCCUCACGAUCCAAACUCCCAACCAAACCCUAGCGGGCGGCGGCGUGUACUCCCUCCGGCGUGCGCAGAGACAGGCGAGGACGCUGGGCAGUGGGCACGGGCAGCUGGGGGGCGCCGGCUAGGAGGAUCGCGGUGGGGCGGCGGCCGCUCGGCUCGUGGUGGGGCCCGAAGCCGGCAGCGCGCCUAGGCGGCUGCGCCGCGGGGUGGCCGGCGGCCCGGCUGCUCGGGCGUUUGAGCGACUGGAAGCCAGCGCCUAUGCUGGCAGCAGCAGUUCUGCAACCUGCAUAGGCACCGAGGGCAGGAGAAGGUCUGACCGAUUGGAGUCUUCAGCAAUCUUCAGCAAGCUAUCAACUGGGAAUCCAAUUUGCUAAUGCUGCUAAAUGGCUCAACCUUCUGUCAUUCUAGCUACUGCAAGUUAUGAUCACACAAUCAGAUUUUGGGAAGCCAAGAGUGGUCGCUGUUACCGCACUAUUCAAUAUCCAGACUCUCAAGUUAAUCGCCUUGAGAUAACCCCAGACAAGCGGUUCUUAGCUGCUGCUGGCAAUCCUCAUAUCCGCCUUUUUGACGUGAACUCAAAUAGCCCUCAACCGGUAAUUAGCUAUGAUUCACAUACUAGCAAUGUGAUGGCUGUGGGAUUCCAUUGCGAUGGUAACUGGAUGUACUCAGGUUCUGAAGAUGGUACUGUUAGAAUUUGGGAUUUACGGACUGGCACUUGCCAACGAGAAUAUGAAAGUCGUGCCGCUGUCAACACUGUAGUUCUGCACCCAAAUCAGAAAGAGCUAAUAUCUGGUGACCAGAAUGGAAACAUACGUGUGUGGGAUUUGGCUGCUAACUCAUGCAGCUGUGAGUUGGUACCGGAGGUUGAUACUGCUGUAAGAUCUCUGACAGUCAUGUGGGAUGGGAGUAUGGUGGUUGCUGCAAAUAACCGUGGGACAUGUUACGUUUGGCGCCUGCUUAAGGGUACUCAGACAAUUACCUGCUUUGAACCUCUGCACAAACUGCAAGCCCAUGAUGGCUACAUUCUGAAGUGCCUGCUUUCACCAGAAUUUUGUGAUCCUAACAGGUAUCUUGCCACAGCAUCAUCUGACCACACUGUAAAGAUUUGGAAUGUCGAUGGCUUCAAGUUGGAAAGAACUUUAGUCGGCCAUCAGCGCUGGGUUUGGGACUGUGUGUUCUCGGUCGAUGGUGCUUAUCUGAUAACAGCUUCUUCAGACACCACAGCGAGGCUAUGGACGAUGUCAACCGGAGAGGCCAUCAGGGUGUACCAGGGUCAUCACAAGGCCACCGUGUGCUGUGCUCUCCAUGAUGGAGCUGAAUCAGCGCCCUCAUAAGCAUGUUGUGGACUGCUUUUCUGUACAUACUUUGGAUUGCAGAACUUUUCAGCACUCUUGUAACCUAAAGACCUGGUAGUGUUUAACGCUCAGUUGUUGAAAUGCGGGGCUGUAGCUGUAUGUUGCCGCAAGCCUCUGGGGUUGCGUACAAAUAAUCUGCGGGCAGAUGCUGUUGGUGGAUGAUUCUGCAAAAACUUUAGUGAUGACUUCAUUUUGUUCUAUGAAUUGGAAUGUAGCAAUGGUUACGCGUUGGGUUUUGUGCCCUUUUUUUU